AUGGCCCAAGCAACACGUUUAGUCCUCUUCCUCAUCACUCUCCUCCCUGGGAUCCAGGCAGGGCUCUCCUCACCGUCCUGCCGCUGCUUCCCCGGGGACGCAUGCUGGCCAUCAGUCAAGCAAUGGAGCGACUUCAAUGCCACUAUCGGCGGCAGGCUGAUCUCCACAACCCCCCUCGGCAGCGUGUGCCACACGAGCAAGGCCUUCGGCGCUUACGACGCCCGUGCCUGCGCCGAUUUAAAGACCGUCUGGCCCCUCCCGGCCACGCAUUACGAAACCGCCUGGUCCCCGAUGCAAGCCUGGUUCACGAAUUUCUCUUGCAAUCCCUUCCUGCCGCCCGACGCCCCCUGCACCACAGACCCGUUCGUGCGGUACGCAGUGAAUGUCAGCUCGGCAGUUGACGUGCGCAAAACCCUCGCCUUCACGUCGCGCCACAACAUCCGUGUCGUCAUCCGCAACACCGGCCAUGACUACCUGGGCAAAUCGACCGGCCCCGGCGCCGUGGUCCUGUGGACCUACCAUCUGAAACAUAUGGAGUCCCUGCACUAUACCUCCCCCGUUUACUCGGGCCCCGCUAUGCGCGUCGGCGCAGGCGUCCAGGGCUUCGAGGCUAUGGCUGCUGCACAUGCGCGCAACAAGCUCAUCCUCACGGGCAACUGUCCUACUAUUGGCGUCACUAGUGGCUACAGCCAGGGUGGCGGUCACGGCCAGCUUGCGUCGCUGUUCGGCCUGGCUGCGGACCAAAUACUCGAGUGGGAAGUUGUCUCCGCUGCGGGUGAGCUGCUGACUGUCUCGCCUGAGAAGCACCCAGAUCUCUACUGGGCGCUUGCAGGGGGAGGCGGAGGGACCUAUGCCGUGGUUCUGAGCGGCGUCGUCAAGGUGUACCCCGAGCGGCGCACUGCUACGGCGACCCUGACGUUUGAUGGGUCCGAAGUAGAUCCCCGCGUCUUCUGGGAUGUGAUUCAACACUUCGUCGUGGCCGUUCUCCCUGUCGUGGAUGCCGGGGGCGUGGCGGUCUGGGCGGUCAUCGAGGACUCGUUCAGUGUAACCCCCAUCACGCUGCCGGGUGGCACGAGGGAACAGCUGCAGAGUCAUCUGCAGUCGACGGUGGAGCUGUUGAAGCGGCACAAGAUUCCAUACGUGAACCACAACGCCACCGCUCUCUUCUCCGCGCUCCGGAGCAUCGCCGCAGACGACGCUGUGAUAUCAGGCAUCUCCAUGAAUGUAUCAAGGACACAGCCGCCUAACAACGCAGUCAACCCGGCGUGGCGCAAUUCCGCUAUCUCCGUGACACUAGGAACGACAUACAAUUAUACUGACCGCGCUGUCGAUGUACAACGCCAAGAGCUAAUGACAAAGGAACUCCUCCCUCGCCUCGAGCUUCUCACACCUGGGAGUGGUGCGUACCUGAAUGAAGGAGACUUCAACCAGCCGGAUUGGCAGCGGGUGUUUUACGGCAGAAACUACCCCCGGCUGGAGGCCAUCAAGGUACGGUAUGACCCGCGGGAUAUGUUCUAUGCACGCACGGCCGUGGGCAGUGAGCGAUGGGUGGAGCGGAAGGAUGGAAGAUUGUGUCGGCGUGGAUCUGGGAUAUGA